UGUGUGUCCAUCCAGCUGCUGUGUUCACACACACAAUUAUGUUGCCAGUAAAAAGCGACAAGCUCUGAGGUUAUUCAUUCAUCCAGCGACAUCAUGAUAUCGAGAGUUGUUUUUCUGGGACUCCUUCUCGUCUGCGUGGCUGCAGACCCCGAGGAGAACUCUGGACUCCAGAGGAAGCCGUCCUGUCCGGAAACGGCGGAGAUCCUGGCGUGCCCUCUGAACCUCGCUCCCGUGUGCGGCAGCGAUGGAAACACGUACGCCAACGAGUGCGCGCUGUGCGUGCAGAGACUAACAACCAGGGUGGACAUUUUGAUUGCCAGAGAGGAGGGCUGCUGACCUGUGAAGCCAGGGGAUGAUGUCAUCGCCAAAGUGACCAAUCAGGAUCUGAUUAUCUACCCAACAUGGAUCUGUGAAAUGUAAUUUCCUCAAUCUGUGUAUCAUUGCAAUGAGUAAUAAAUAUCUAUCAGCAUUUA